AUGAUUUUCAUUUACAACUUACAGCUUGGGAAGCAGCCGACCCUCAACUCUCAGCUACAACACGAGUGUUUUGCGGGUAGUAGCCCUCCCCAGCCCAACUCUCAGCUGCAGCAUGAGUAUUGUGUGGGUAGUAGCCCUCCCCAGCCCAACUCUCAGCUGCAGCAUGAGUAUUGUGCGGGUAGUAGCCCUCCCCAGCCCAACUCUCAGCUGCAGCAUGAGUAUUGUGUGGGUAGUAGCCCUCCCCAGCCCAACUCUCAGCUGCAGCAUGAGUAUUGUGCGGGUAGUAGCCCUCCCCAGCCCAACUCUCAGCUGCAGCAUGAGUAUUGUGCGGGUAGUAGCCCUCCCCAGCCCAACUCUCAGCUGCAGCAUGAGUAUUGUGUGGGUAGUAGCCCUCCCCAGCCCAACUCUCAGCUGCAGCAUGAGUAUUGUGCGGGUAGUAGCCCUCCCCAGCCCAACUCUCAGCUGCAGCAUGAGUAUUGUGUGGGUAGUAGCCCUCCCCAGCCCAACUCUCAGCUGCAGCAUGAGUAUUGUGCGGGUAGUAGCCCUCCCCAGCCCAACUCUCAGCUGCAGCAUGAGUAUUGUGCGGGUAGUAGCCCUCCCCAGCCCAACUCUCAGCUGCAGCAUGAGUAUUGUGCGGGUAGUAGCCCUCCCCAGCCCAACUCUCAGCUGCAGCAUGAGUAUUGUGUGGGUAGUAGCCCUCCCCAGCCCAACUCUCAGCUGCAGCAUGAGUAUUGUGCGGGUAGUAGCCCUCCCCUGCCCAACUCUCAGCUGCAGCAUGAGUAUUGUGCGGGUAGUAGCCCUCCCCAGCCCAACUCUCAGCUGCAGCAUGAGUAUUGUGCGGGUAGUAGCCCUCCCCAGCCCAACUCUCAGCUGCAGCAUGAGUAUUGUGCGGGUAGUAGCCCUCCCCAGCCCAACUCUCAGCUGCAGCAUGAGUAUUGUGUGGGUAGUAGCCCUCCCCAGCCCAACUCUCAGCUGCAGAAUGAGUGUUUUGCGGGUAGUAGCCCUCCCCAGCCCAACUCUCAGCUGCAGCAUGAGUAUUGUGCGGGUAGUAGCCCUCCCCAGCCCAACUCUCAGCUGCAGCAUGAGUAUUGUGUGGGUAGUAACUCUCCCCAGCCCAACUCUCAGCUGCAGCAUGAGUAUUGUGUUGGUAGUAGCCCUCCCCAGCCCAACUCUCAGCUGCAGCAUGAGUAUUGUGCGGGUAGUAGCCCUCCCCAGCCCAACUCUCAUCUGCAGGAUGAGUAUUGUGUGGGUAGUAGCCCUCCCCAGCCCAACUCUCAGCUGCAGCAUGAGUAUUGUGUGGGUAGUAGCCCUCCCCAGCCCAACUCUCAGCUGCAGCAUGAGUAUUGUGUGGGUAGUAGCCCUCCCCAGCCCAACUCUCAGCUGCAGCAUGAGUAUUGUGUGGGUAGUAGCCCUCCCCAGCCCAACUCUCAGCUGCAGCAUGAGUAUUGUGCGGGUAGUAGCCCUCCCCAGCCCAACUCUCAGCUGCAGCAUGAGUGUUUUGCGGGUAGUAGCCCUCCCCAGCCCAACUCUCUGCUGCAGCACAAGUAUUGUGUGGGUAGUAGCCCUCCCCAGCCCAACUCUCAGCUGCAGCAUGAGUAUUGUGCGGGUAGUAGCCCUCCCCAGCCCAACUCUCAGCUGCAGCAUGAGUAUUGUGCGGGUAGUAGCCCUCCCCUGCCCAACUCUCAGCUGCAGCAUGAGUGUUUUGCGGGUAGUAGCCCUCCCCAGCCCAACUCUCUGCUGCAGCAUGAGUAUUGUGCGGGUAGUAGCCCUCCCCAGCCCAACUCUCAGCUGCAGCAUGAGUAUUGUGCGGGUAGUAGCCCUCCCCAGCCCAACUCUCAGCUGCAGCAUGAGUGUUUUGCGGGUAGUAACCCUCCCCAGCCCAACUCUCAGCUGCAGCAUGAGUAUUGUGUGGGUAGUAGCCCUCCCCAGCCCAACUCUCAGCUGCAGCAUGAGUAUUGUGCGGGUAGUAGCCCUCCCCAGCCCAACUCUCAGCUGCAGCAUGAGUAUUGUGUGGGUAGUAGCCCUCCCCUGCCCAACUCUCAGCUGCAGCAUGAGUAUUGUGUGGGUAGUAGCCCUCCCCAGCCCAACUCUCAGCUGCAGCAUGAGUAUUGUGUGGGUAGUAGCCCUCCCCAGCCCAACUCUCAGCUGCAGCAUGAGUGUUUUGCAGGUAGUAGCCCUCCCCAGCCCAACUCUCAGCUGCAGCAUGAGUAUUGUGUGGGUAGUAGCCCUCCCCUGCCCAACUCUCAGCUGCAGCAUGAGUAUUGUGUGGGUAGUAGCCCUCCUCAGCCCAACUCUCAGCUGCAGCAUGAGUAUUGUGUGGGUAGUAGCCCUCCCCAGCCCAACUCUCAGCUGCAGCAUGAGUAUUGUGUGGGUAGUAGCCCUCCCCAGCCCAACUCUCAGCUGCAGCAUGAGUAUUGUGUGGGUAGUAGCCCUCCCCAGCCCAACUCUCAGCUGCAGCAUGAGUAUUGUGCGGGUAGUAGCCCUCCCCAGCCCAACUCUCAGCUGCAGCAUGAGUGUUUUGCGGGUAGUAGCCCUCCCCAGCCCAACUCUCUGCUGCAGCACAAGUAUUGUGUGGGUAGUAGCCCUCCCCUGCCCAACUCUCAGCUGCAGCAUGAGUGUUUUGCGGGUAGUAGCCCUCCCCAGCCCAACUCUCUGCUGCAGCAUGAGUAUUGUGCGGGUAGUAGCCCUCCCCAGCCCAACUCUCAGCUGCAGCAUGAGUAUUGUGCGGGUAGUAGCCCUCCCCAGCCCAACUCUCAGCUGCAGCAUGAGUGUUUUGCGGGUAGUAACCCUCCCCAGCCCAACUCUCAGCUGCAGCAUGAGUAUUGUGUGGGUAGUAGCCCUCCCAGCCCAACUCUCAGCUGCAGCAUGAGUAUUGUGCGGGUAGUAGCCCUCCCCAGCCCAACUCUCAGCUGCAGCAUGAGUAUUGUGUGGGUAGUAGCCCUCCCCUGCCCAACUCUCAGCUGCAGCAUGAGUAUUGUGUGGGUAGUAGCCCUCCCCAGCCCAACUCUCAGCUGCAGCAUGAGUAUUGUGUGGGUAGUAGCCCUCCCCAGCCCAACUCUCAGCUGCAGCAUGAGUGUUUUGCAGGUAGUAGCCCUCCCCAGCCCAACUCUCAGCUGCAGCAUGAGUAUUGUGUGGGUAGUAGCCCUCCCCUGCCCAACUCUCAGCUGCAGCAUGAGUAUUGUGUGGGUAGUAGCCCUCCUCAGCCCAACUCUCAGCUGCAGCAUGAGUAUUGUGUGGGUAGUAGCCCUCCCCAGCCCAACUCUCAGCUGCAGCAUGAUGAUUGUGUGGGUAGUAGCCCUCCUCAGCCCAACUCUCAGCUGCAGCAUGAGUAUUGUGUGGGUAGUAGCCCUCCCCAGCCCAACUCUCAGCUGCAGCAUGAGUAUUGUGCAGGUAGUAGCCCUCCCCAGCCCAACUCUCAGCUGCAGCAUGAGUGUUUUGCGGGUAGUAGCCCUCCCCAGCCCAACUCUCAGCUGCAGCAUGAGUAUUGUGCGGGUAGUAGCCCUCCCCUGCCCAACUCUCAGCUGCAGCAUGAGUAGUAGCCCUCCCCAGCCCAACUCUCAGCUGCAGCAUGAGUGUUUUGCGGGUAGUAGCCCUCCCCAGCCCAACUCUGAGCUGCAGCAUGAGUAUUGUGUGGGUAGUAGCCCUCCCCAGCCCAACUCUCAGCUGCAGCAUGAGUGUUUUGCGGGUAGUAGCCCUCUCCAGCCCAACUCUCAGCUGCAGCAUGAGUGUUUUGCGGGUAGUAGCCCUCCCCUGCCCAACUCUGAGCUGCAGCAUGAGUAUUGUGUGGGUAGUAGCCCUCCCCAGCCCAACUCUCAGCUGCAGCAUGAGUGUUUUGCGGGUAGUAGCCCUCCCCAGCCCAACUCUCAGCUGCAGCAUGAGUAUUGUGCGGGUAGUAGCCUCCCCAGCCCAAACUCUCAGCUGCAGAAUGAGUAUUGUGCGGGUAGUAGCCCUCCCCAGCCCAACUCUCAGCUGCAGCAUGAGUGUUUUGCAGGUAGUAGCCCUCCCCAGCCCAACUCUCAGCUGCAGCAUGAGUAUUGUGCGGGUAUAGUAGCCCUCCCCAGCCCAACUCUCAGCUGCAGCAUGAGUGUUUUGCGGGUAGUAGCCCUCUCCAGCCCAACUCUCAGCUGCAGCAUGAGUAUUGUGCGGAUAGUAGCCCCUCCCCAGCCCAACUCUCAGCUGCAGCAUGAGUAUUGUGCGGGUAGUAGCCCUCCCCAGCCCAACUCUCAGCUGCAAGCAUGA